GGACGAAGCGGCGCCCAUACUAGGAUACAAUUACCCGCUCAUAUGCUCCAAACUCCCUUGCACCAACAUCUAAAUCCCAGCGCAAUCAAAAGUAUACAGAAAUGUCCGCAAGCCAAUCCUCCGACUCUCAGUCUCAACCAUCCAUGCUCGGCGGCCACGCCAAGUAUGUCCAAGGGGCUGUGUCUUCCGCCCUAGGCUACGAGUCCGGCCAACAAACCAAAGAAGCCGCCGUUCAGGAAAUGCGAGACGCCAAAGCCCAGUCCUCAGAUCAACCCACACAGUCGACGCUUCUCGGCAGUGUCGAGAAGGAAGCAGGGCAGGUCACCGGCUGUGAAGGGAUGGUCGAAGAAGGACAAGAGAGGAUUCCCCAGAAGGCAGGUAUCGAGGAGACCAAUGGCACAGGCUAGAACAUCCCGACAAAUAGAAAUAUGGACAUGAAGAGAACACCGAACUAUGCGGUGUCGACGAACAAAAUCAGUCAGACCUUUGACGCCAACACCGUGCCACCCUGUUGAGGUCUGGCUUCUAGCCUCACUGCCCACCGUCAAUCCCAGAACAAUACC